AUGAGGGCUCAAGAUUUGUUAAAACCGAAAGCUCCAUCAACCGGCCUCCCGGGUACUGUGAAAAAGCCGCCCUCCGCCGAGAACCAAAACACGGGCCAGCGGAAACUGCGUCGGUGCAGGGCGGGCGGCGUCGCGGCGGCAGUCGACCGGCGGACGCCGCGCGCGACGCACGUGCCGCCGCGCCAUGUGACGCUGCCGGCCGCGGCCGCCAUGACCGAGGGGGCGGGCAGGCCUCGGCCGGCGCCGCCCCGCAAGCCGGACUCGCUGAGCCUCGCGUGGCCGCGCUGGGACGACCCGCCGCCGCCGGCACCCGAGCCAAAAUCAAACCCCACCGCGAUCGCAGAGGACUUCGGCGGCUUCGCGCCCUACUCGCCGUACUCGCCGCCGGCGCCCAUACAGACCGAGAGGCGCCCCAGGAGGCCGCAGAGCGUCGUCUCCCCGCGACCACAGAUCCAGCUGACCAGGCGGCCGCACUCGAUCGGCUCCAUAGACGAUGAGUGGUCCGGUCAGAUCCUGCAGCCGGUGCCGCGGCGGCCGCGGCCCGUGCCCAUGUCGACGUUGCCGCGCGCGACCUUCAUGCCGUCCUCGAGGAGUGAUUACCAGUUGCCGCGGCCCGCGAUUAUGACGAACGGCUACGGCGCCGUGCCGCCGGCGGCGUCGAGGCGGCUCUCUUUGCCCGGCUGCGGCGUGCAGAGCGCGCCCAAGCCCUCGGCGACCUUCCACGGCCUCUCGGGCCUGAUGGGGCAGCACCCCACCCUGGGCACGCCGCUCACGCCCAGCACCCCCGCCGCCGUCAGGGAGGCCGUCCGCCAUCUCCUGCAGCAACCAAGGAAUGGCUUCCCCAUUAUGGACCACAAGUUGUCGCUCUUCAUCGAUAUCCUGGACGCACAGGAAAAGUUUUCACAGGUGACGACGUUAUUACAA